UCCAGUAUGGAUUUCUAUUAUUCUCCUCGUGGCAGUGGAUGCCGUACGGUUAUCAUGGUGGCCAAGGCUCUUGGGCUUCAGCUCAACAAGAAGCUCGUGAAGAUUACCGAAGGGGAUAACCUGAAGCCAGAGUUCUUGAAACUAAAUCCCCAGCACACCAUUCCCACUCUGGUUGACAAUGGCUUUUCCAUUUGGGAGUCACGAGCCAUCGCCGUUUAUCUGGUGGAGAAGUAUGGCAAGGACGAUUCCAUCUAUCCCAAAGAUCCCCAAAAGCGGGCCGUGAUCAAUCAACGCCUAUAUUUCGAUAUGGGAACCCUUCACGAUUCAUUUAUGAAUUACUAUUAUCCCUUCAUCCGAACUGGCAAGCUCGGUCACGCCGACAACUUCAAGAAAAUUGAAACCGCCUUCGAGUUUCUGAAUACCUUCCUGGAGGGCCAGGACUACGUGGCGGGCAACCAAUUCACAGUGGCCGACAUCGCCAUUCUGUCCAGUGUCUCCACCUUCGAAGUUGUCGAGUUCGACAUCAGCAAAUACCCGAAUGUGGCCAGAUGGUACGCCAAUGCCAAGAAGACAACUCCUGGAUGGGAUGAAAAUUGGGAGGGUCUCCUGCAGAUGAAGGCCAUGAUAGAAGCCCGAAGGGCUGAAGCAAAGUAA